AUGACGUCGGCAACAGUUCUAACGGCGCAACCCGUCUCCCUCGACCGGCUUCGAGUCAGCGAUUCUCCAGAAGGAAUCACCCAGGCGGCCGAAGACGAAAAUGCACCACCACCGGACAUUCGACCGCGCUGGUCGGAUCGAAUCCUAGCUCAAGGUCCGUGGGAUCAGACAGUGACCCACGACAUGCUCAAAGGAGCACCCAGCCUGCCGAUGCCAGUCGAGAUUAGCGACGCAGGCUCUCUUACGCCAUUCUUCAAUUACCUAAAACGUGAUGGCAGCUAUGAGACCGCUUCUGAUGCUACACGCCAAAGCCAACCGGCAGCCGAGCCCUACUACAACGUUCCGACCUUGGAGUUUGAUAAAGGGGUGCUGUACGAAGACGGUCGGAUGGACCUGUGUAAAAUGGCUCUCGGUCCGCCAAAUAUCUUGACGCUGAUGGACAGUUUGCGCUCCAACACUUUUGUGCGGCAUUUUCUGCUGGGAAAUAACAUCAUCGGCCCAGCUGGGGCAAAUGCAAUCGCGGACUUUGUCCAGGAGUUUCCCGACCGAAUUGAUACCUGGUAUCUAGCCGGUAAUUGCAUAGAUGCACCAUCGUUUGCACUUUUGACAGAUGCGCUGGUCAAGUCGCCCGCUGUGACAAAUAUCUGGCUUAAAAGGAAUCCCCUCGGUCCAGAGUCGGUUGAUUCUCUCUUCCGCCUCAUCACACAGACUCCAAACCUCCGGACACUGGAUCUGGAUCAGACAGAGCUUGGCGACGCAGGCGUUGCUGCUCUGUUCACUCGAUUAGCAGACUAUGUUCCUCCAACUCCCUUGUCAAUGAGAAUCCUGUACCUGUCAGCAACUGGGGUAUCUACGGUGGCCUGCGAGGCAAUUUCCAGGUAUCUGGCAUCUCCGCAUUGCCAUAUUACAUCAUUGUAUAUGUCCGGCAAUCCAAUCGGAGAUGCAGGGGCAAAGGCGCUUGCCAAAGGGCUGCAACUAAAUAAGCCACUGCAGCGUCUUUCCCUGCAAUCAAUUGGCCUGACCGAUGAGGGAGCAACUGCAUUGAUUUCAUCGCUGCAAGGUCAUCCUGCAUUGGAGACUCUCGAUAUCAGUCAGUCCUAUUCCACGCAGGACCUGAAUGCGAGGUUCAAUUACCUAUCUGCAGAAUGCACAAUCAGCGCCCUCUGCUCCCUGGUGACUUCGUCAACGCCCCUCUCCUACCUCGCCCUUGGUCCCCAGCCAUUUUGCACCACCACCGCCUUGCCUCUGAUGGGUGCUGCGCAGGAGUCCAAAACGAUCAUGUACCUCUCCCUCAAGCCGCUCAUCCCGUCACGGUCCACCCCGAAAGACAAUACGCGGUUUGCUAGUGCAUCCAAGGCGCUGCGAACGCAUACCCUGAACAACAUCCGUGCACACUACGACAAGCCGACCCUGACUUAUGAAGAAUGGGAGGCUGACCUCAAACGCUGGUGCGUUAGCGAUGAGAUCAGCGUGCGGAAAAUUGACAGCGUGUACCGCAAUCGGGCGGCGCAAAAGGCGCGCAGGGGCGAGGAAGUUUUGCGGAAAUGGUGGGCCGACGAGGAGAGGGGGGUUCUUGAGGGGGUGAUGCAGGCAUAA